AUGCAUCCCGACAUGAUGGAGAAAAAAACGGUGCCGUUUGUGGCGCUGUGUUUGUUGUUUGCGUUUGGAUGUACGGUCACCAGCGGGUACAGGAUAUUGGGCAUCAACACCAGCUUCAGUCGAUCCCACGUGAUCGUGCAGGAUGCACUAAUGAAAGAGCUGGCUCGCCGAGGCCACCACGUGACGAUGGUUAGUCCGUACAGCGAAUCGGAAAAGCUGCCCAACUACCGCAAGAUAACGAUCCCACUCGAUCCGUUGGAAAUAGAUCUCACCAAGACCAUCUUUGCGGAUGGCAACUCCCGUUGGACGAUGUUCCGCAUCAUGCCACAAAUGUUGAAAAACAGUGCGAUACCCAUCAAAAAGACGCUCCUAUCGCCCGAAGUGCAGAGUCUGCUGCGUGAACCGGAAGGAUUCGAUCUGCUGAUCACUGGCAUUAUGAGUGAUGCCGUGCUCGGGUUGGUCGCCACUCUGAAAUGUCCCACGAUCGUCGUCUGUCCGAAUGCCCCGGUAGCGAUGGUUAACUCAAUGGUUGGCAACCCGGCACCUUUGGCAACCACCCCCAACUUGAUGCUUGGGCUGCAAAGCCCAAUGUCCUUCGGGAAGCGAGUGGCCAACGUUGCUGGUUUCGUGUUGGAGGAGGUCUUUGCCGCCCUCUGGAAGUACUAUCAGCGUGUGACGUACGAAGAACUGUUCCCACCGGAUCAGUACCCAGCGUACGAGACAGCCCGCAGCAACGUGUCGCUUGUGUUCGUAAACCACCACUUCACGAAAGGCUCACCGAGACCGUACAUACCGGCGAUGGUCGAAGUCGGUGGGUUGCAGAUCAAGGAAAAGCCAUCCCCACUGCCUGAAGACGUGCGCGAGUGGAUCGAGGGCGCCGAACAUGGUGUGAUCCUCUUCAGUCUCGGCACCAACCUGCACGGUUCAUCGAUGCCGGUUGAAAUGCUCGGUGCGAUCCUGGAAACGUUUCGCAAGCUCAAGCAACGUGUCAUCUGGAAGUGGGACGUGCAGGAAAUGCCCAACAAGCCAGCGAACGUGAUGCUAAGGGAUUGGCUGCCUCAGGACGAUAUCCUUGCGCAUCCCAACGUGCGGUUGUUCAUCAUGCACGGUGGACUGGGAGGAAUCGCCGAGGCGCUUUACCACGGUGUACCGCUCGUUGGCAUUCCCAUGUUUGGUGAUCAACCGGUGAACCUGGCCAAGGUCGAAGAAGAGGGCUGGGCGUACGUGCUGCAGUUCUCGAAUCUCACCGAGCAGACGCUUGGCCACGCCAUCGAUACCGUGCUCCAGGAUGGCCGUUACCGCGAGAACGUACAGCGAUUGUCCACGUUGUUCCGCGAUCGACCCACGAGUGCGAUGGAAACGGCCGUCUUCUGGACGGAGUAUGUCAUCCGCCAUCGUGGAGCGCCUCAUCUACGGUACGCCGGAGUCGACAUGAGCUUCUGGCAGCUUUAUUCGCUGGAUGUGCUGGCGUUUUUGGCGGGUGUGUUCUUCGGGUUCUGUGCUCUUAUCACCUUCACUUGUCGCAGGUGCUGGCGAAGGAGAACAAAGCCUUCGAAACAAAAGAAGCAGCAGUAG